AUGGACCAAGGAAAUAACUCAAGAGUGAGUGAAUUUGUGUUGCACAGUCUUCCAGGUCCUCGAGAACUACAACUUUUCUAUUUUGCAUUUUUCACACUUUUCUAUUUGUCCAUUUUGCUGGGAAACUUCCUCAUUGUGCUCACAGUCCUCUCUGAACCUACGCUCCACACCCCCAUGUACUUCCUGCUCAGCAACCUCUCCUUCAUUGAUGUUUGUCUGUCCACUUUUGCCACUCCCAAAAUGAUUGCUGACUUCCUCAUGGAGCAUAAAACUAUCUCUUUUGAGGGCUGCAUGACCCAGAUAUUCUUUCAGCAUGUCUUUGGUGGUGGUGAAAUGAUGCUCCUUGCGGCCAUGGCAUAUGACAGGUAUGUAGCCAUAUGUCGACCCUUGCACUAUGCAGCUAUCAUGAGUAUACGCAAAUGUGCAGGACUUGUGGUGGGCUCCUGGCUCAUUGGGAUUCUGCACUCUAUAAGCCAAUUAGUCUUCAUAGUAAAGCUUCCAUUCUGUGGUCCAAAUAAUGUGGACAACUUUUUCUGUGACCUUCCUUUGGUUAUUAAACUUGCCUGCACUGAUACCUAUGUUCUUGAGAUACUGAUGCUUGCAUAUACUGAUGUAAUGAGUAUUAGCUCCUUUGUGCUCUUGCUCAUCUCCUACACGGUCAUCGUGGUCACUGUGCAACGUCGAUCCUCAACGGACAUGGCCAAGGCCCGAGCUACCCUGACUGCCCAUGUCACUGUAGUGACCCUCUUCUUUGGUCCCUGCAUCUUCCUCUAUAUCUGGCCUUUCAACAACUACCCGGUGGAUAAGUUUCUCUCAAUAUUCUAUACUGUUUUUACCCCUCUCUUAAACCCCUUGAUCUACACAUUGAGGAAUAAGGAGGUAAUAUCAGCAAUGCAGAAACUGAGGAGGCACAUCAUCAGGUCAAGAAAAACAGAUAAUUUUUCACCAAUAGACUGA